AUGGACAAGACAACAGCAACUAUAGAUCCAUAUGCCUGCAUAGUCAUCAUUAUAACAAUCUUUGUGAGGAUGAUCUACAUCUGCAUCUUGGAUGGCUCACCUUAUGACGCUCACACGACGGGCAUGACGGGGGCCAUCAGCUACCAUCCCUAUGGCAGCCCCGCUUAUCCUUAUCAGCUGAAUGACCCGGCUUAUAGAAAAAAUGCCACCCGAGAUGCCACUGCCACCCUGAAGGCCUGGCUGCAGGAGCAUCGCAAGAACCCUUACCCCACCAAAGGGGAGAAGAUUAUGCUGGCCAUCAUCACUAAGAUGACCCUCACCCAGGUCUCCACCUGGUUUGCCAAUGCCCGCCGGAGACUUAAGAAGGAGAACAAGAUGACUUGGGCUCCCCGGAACAAAAGCGAAGACGAGGACGAAGAUGAAGGGGACGGGGCCAGAAGUAAAGAUGAAAGUUCAGACAAGGUGCAGGAGAACAAUGAAACGUCGGCGGAAGAUGAAGGGAUCAGCUUGCACGUCGAUUCGCUUACAGACCACUCCUGUUCCGCCGAGUCAGACGGGGAGAAGUUGCCCUGCAGGGCUGGAGACACCCUCUGCGAGUCCGGCUCUGAGUCGAAGGACAAGUACGAUGACAUUGAGGACGACGACGAGGAGGACGAGGAAGGGGAUCGAGACCUAUCCUCCACGAAGCCCGUGACCUCCUCGCCCCUCACGGGCGUGGAAGCCCCUCUCCUGAGCCACCCCCACGAAGACGCUUCCCGGAACUCCAACAAAACGACUUUGGACAAUCGGAUUUCCCCGGGCUCCCAGACCCAGGCCAUCAAACCCAAGCUGUGGUCUCUCGCCGAAAUUGCCACCUCGGACCUUAAGCAUCAGAGCAUGGGACAAAGCUGUCCCCCACCUGCUUUGACUUCAGCUGCCCCUUCCUCCACAUCCCACACUAGUUCGGCUUAUUCCCCUUCUUCCCUCCUCGGAAGACAUAUUUAUUACACUUCGCCCUUUUACAGCAACUACACAAACUAUGGAAACUUUAACGCGCUUCAGAGCCAAGGGAUUCUGAGGUAUAACUCAGCAGCAGUGGCUUCAAACGAGGGAUUGAGUCAGACUGUGUUAAAUACUAGCUCUGUUCCCAAGCAGAGCAGUGACUCUUUGAAAACGAGCACUAACCAGCUGGAGCCACAUUACAGGCCCUCUAGUUAUGAGCCUAAGAAAGAUUCCACUGAAGUCUGCACAGUAGGAGUACAACCCUACCUAUAGAAGUGCAAUCAGACAGAAUGUAGGUGUCACAAUUGCUUUGAAAAAAAGUCAGCAAGCCAUCAUCUCUCCCCAGCUAAUAUAUAGAACAAAUCUCUAAAUCUGGAAUCACAUCUUGUGCCACUGUAUAAAAGAAGAACCCACAGAGCACUAUUAAAUCUACAGACUCUUAAUUCUUUAAAACAGAAUUUUGUUGGACAUAUGUGAGUUUGUUGGUCUAGUAUAGUUUCCCCAAUGUAUGUGUGACUUUUGAAAACAAUCUGUUUUUCUCAGGAUAUCUUGAAUUGAUCACUUCAUUGCCACGGUAUAUAUUCUCUAGGUGUGAUAGGAUUUACUGUAAAAUUUAUUUGUAAAAGAUGUACACAGUAGAGAUAAUAAAAUGUGAUUGAAGAACUUGAGUACUUAAAAAGUGGAAACAAAUUUGAUAUUUAUUUUUGUAAUGAUAUAAAGCUUCUAGUAAUUUAUGCAAGUUGUAUUGCAAAUGGAAUCUGAUCUUUUUGUAAAUAAAUUCUGCCUGGUUUUUAUUUGAAACAUUGAUGGUUAUACAAUCUUUGUUGGUUGUUUAACAAGAAUUCUUUACUAAUUUAUAUCUUUAAUUGUAAAUAAAAACAGACUA